UGGACGCCGGAGGAGGAUGCCAAGCUGCUGAGGAUGGUGGCCCAGUACGGGCCCUCCUCCUGGUCCCAGAUCGCGCAGCACCUGCCAGGCCGGGUGGGCAAGCAGUGCCGCGAGCGCUGGCACAACCACCUCUCGCCAGAGGACCGGCUGAUCCUGCAGGCGGUGGCAGAGCACGGGACGAAGUGGGCGCUGAUCGUCAAGCUCAUCCCCGGCCGGACCGACAACGCCAUCAAGAAUCGGUGGAACUCUGCGACGCGCAAG